GAGCACAGCCAGAGUCCCCGACCAGCAACGGAGAGUCGCGAAAGAACACCCACCCCCAUCACCAUUUCAUCGAAUAGCCUCUCCAACGCGCCUUUGCCACGCGCCCUUUCCGCUUGGGGCCCUCCCAACCCGGUCGCCGUUGCGCUGGCCCCCCCCCUUUUUCCCACGUCUCCUCUUUGUCGCCUUUGGCCCUGUUUCCCGCCCCGGGCCAAACAUCAUCAAAUCGCUCGCCAAGGACCCAGACACAGGACACUCUCAGUCGCAUUCAUCGACAUCAGACGUCCUCUGUCCUCCAGGACCCCACAACAUACCAUUUAUAUCGCGCGUCUUUAUUGUCUUUGACGCGACCUAUUGGUUUUGUUACGUCUUUGUAGCUACAGUCAAGUUUGCUACCUUUUUUUUUUUUUUCGCGACACACCUUUGGCUUCCAGUCGCGUUUCUUAAUUUUAUUCAACCCCCCCGGUCGCUUAUGAGUGAGAGAACCGCGCGCUAGAGCAUGGCUUCGAUUCAAUCAGCUCCCGAUAUGGCGGCGGGCAAUAUGGCGCUGCCUGCCAACUUGACGCAGCAGCACAUUCAGGAAGUCUUCCAAAAAUACAAGCAAAUGCAAGUGCAAGGUGUUCGUCAAGAUGACCCGGAAUACCUCAAAGCCCAUAAUCUUCUCUCGGCGGUUCAGAGGCAACAGGCUUUUCAGAAGCAAAGGCAGAUUGCCCAGCAACAAUUACAAGCCCAGCAACGUCAGCAGCAGCAGCAGCAGCAGCUCAACGGCGCCACCCCCGACGCCUCUAGUGCCAACGGGCGAAAUGGCAACAUUUCCUCAACUGGCGCUGCUCAAGAUGCUAGUUUGGCACCGGCUAUCGCUCAAGCUCAGGUUUCGGGACAAACUUCUGCUUUGCAGCGGAAUGCCGCGGUCUCGAGCGGUAGUUUCUCCGCAGAACAAUUGGCCACCUUAAGGAACCAAAUCAUGGCCUUCAAGUGGCUUUCCAAAAACCUUCCCGUCCCGCCUCGCGUCCAGCAACAAUUGUUUACAUCGAAGAAGGCCCAGACGCCUGUCUCGACCGCAGACAGUGUCGCUGCGGCGGAGGCAGCGAUCGAAAAUGCCGAACAGGUUUCUGCAGACAAUGCCGACAAAUCCCAGGCGGCAAGGGACUUGUACGAAAGCUUCCAAUCACCUUACGACUCUUUGACAAAGAGUAUCAGCUACACAGACCAUACUCUUCGCGCCAAUCGCCUACGGAUUCCUGCCUUGAUGCCACCUGGAAUCGACCUGGAGCAGGUGCGCGAAGACCGCGAAAUGUUAAUAUACAAUCGCAUUACGGCUCGCAAGGCGGAGCUCGCAGAGCUUCCCGCAAAUCUUGGCGUAUGGGAUACAAGCAAGAGCGACGCGCCCACAACUGAUGACUCGUUGAAGCUCAAGGCUUUGAUUGAGUACAAAAUGCUCAACCUUCUUCCCAAGCAGAGACUCUUUCGCAAGCAGAUUCAGAACGAGAUGUUCCACUUCGAUAAUCUCGGAAUGACUGCUAACCGCUCCAGCCACCGGCGUAUGAAGAAGCAGUCCCUGCGCGAGGCCAGGAUCACUGAGAAGCUCGAGAAACAGCAACGCGAUGCCCGUGAAACUAGAGAGAAGAAGAAGCAGUACGAUCAACUGCAGGCGAUUCUCACCCAUGGGGCUGAGCUUCAGAAUGCCGCCAAUCAGCAACGCACUCGCAUGCAGAAGCUCGGCCGGAUGAUGCUCCAGCACCACCAGCACAUGGAGCGUGAAGAGCAGAAGCGCGUGGAACGAACCGCCAAACAGCGUCUGCAGGCCCUGAAGGCUAACGACGAAGAGACAUACUUGAAACUCUUGGGUCAAGCAAAGGACUCUCGUAUCACUCAUCUGCUCAAGCAGACCGACGGUUUCCUCAAUCAACUGGCCGCGUCUGUCCGCGAACAGCAACGUAGUCAGGCCGAACGCUUUGGCGAAGAGGACCAGUUCUACGACGAGGAAGAGGAGGCUGACAUGAUAAGCGACGAUGAGGAAGGCGAUGGGCGCCGCAAGGUUGACUACUACGCCGUGGCCCACCGUAUCAAAGAAGAGGUUACCGAACAACCUACCAUCCUUGUCGGUGGUACGCUGAAGGAAUACCAGUUGAAGGGUCUGCAAUGGAUGAUCUCUCUCUACAAUAACAACCUCAACGGUAUUCUGGCCGACGAGAUGGGUCUUGGAAAGACCAUCCAAACUAUCAGUUUGAUUACCCAUAUCAUCGAGCGAAAGAAGAACAACGGCCCGUUUUUGGUGAUCGUCCCAUUGAGUACGCUCACCAAUUGGAACCUGGAGUUCGACAAAUGGGCGCCAUCGGUCUCGAAGAUCGUUUACAAGGGUCCUCCUAAUACCCGAAAGCAGCAGCAACAGGCUAUCCGCUGGGGCAAUUUCCAGGUCUUGCUUACAACUUACGAGUACAUCAUCAAGGAUCGGCCGAUUUUGAGCAAGGUCAAAUGGGUUCACAUGAUUGUUGAUGAGGGUCACCGUAUGAAGAAUGCGCAAUCUAAGCUGAGCAGCACGCUGUCUCAGUACUACACCAGUCGCUAUCGCCUGAUUUUGACCGGUACCCCUCUGCAAAACAACUUGCCUGAAUUGUGGGCACUUUUGAAUUUCGUUCUGCCAAAUAUCUUCAAGUCGGUCAAGUCCUUUGAUGAAUGGUUCAACACUCCGUUUGCCAACACUGGUGGCCAAGAUCGCAUGGAGCUGUCCGAAGAAGAACAGUUGCUCGUCAUUCGUCGUCUGCACAAGGUUCUUCGGCCCUUCCUGCUCAGACGUUUGAAGAAAGAUGUCGAGAAGGAUCUGCCUGACAAGCAGGAACGCGUGAUCAAGUGCCGUUUCUCCGCACUGCAGGCCAAGCUUUACAAACAGCUGGUCACCCACAAUAAGAUGGUUGUCAGUGACGGAAAGGGCGGCAAGACUGGUAUGCGUGGUCUGAGCAACAUGCUGAUGCAACUACGCAAGCUUUGUAAUCAUCCUUUCGUCUUCGAGCCCGUCGAGGACCAGAUGAAUCCCAGCCGUCAAACCAACGACCUCCUUUGGCGUACCGCAGGAAAGUUCGAAUUGCUUGACCGGAUUCUUCCCAAGUUCAAGGCGACUGGCCACCGUGUUCUGAUGUUCUUCCAAAUGACUCAGAUCAUGAAUAUCAUGGAGGACUUUCUUCGUCUCCGAGGAUUGAAGUAUUUGCGAUUGGAUGGUUCAACCAAGUCUGAUGACCGAUCCGAUCUGUUAAAACUCUUCAACGCUCCUGGUUCAGAUUACUUUUGUUUCCUCCUUUCGACUCGCGCUGGUGGUCUCGGUCUCAACCUGCAGACGGCUGAUACUGUCAUCAUCUAUGAUUCCGAUUGGAAUCCCCACCAGGAUCUUCAGGCCCAAGAUCGUGCACACCGUAUCGGGCAGAAGAACGAAGUCCGUAUCCUGCGCUUGAUCAGCUCCAACUCCGUUGAGGAGAAAAUCCUGGAGCGUGCGCAGUUCAAGCUUGACAUGGACGGGAAGGUCAUCCAGGCCGGAAAGUUCGACAACAAGUCCACUAACGAGGAACGUGAAGCAUUGCUGAGAACACUACUUGAAACUGCCGAGGCCGCUGAUCAAGUUGGCGAGCAAGAAGAAAUGGAUGACGACGACCUGAAUGAUAUCAUGGCUCGAUCGGACGAGGAACUCACAAUCUUCCAACGGAUUGAUCGGGACCGGAUCAAGACGGAUCAAUACGGUCCAGGACACAAGUAUCCCCGUUUGAUGUGCGAGGAUGAACUGCCAGACAUAUACAUGGCUGAGGAGAACCCUGUCGCGGAAGACAACGAUCUGGAAGUGACUGGACGUGGUGCCCGUGAGCGGAAAGUCACGCGUUAUGAUGACGGCCUUACGGAAGAGCAAUGGCUUAUGGCAGUCGAUGCUGAAGAUGACACCAUUGAGGAGGCUAUUGCUCGCAAGGAUGCACGCGUGGAGCGUCGUCGUGUGAACAAGGAGAAACGAUCACGGAGGGGACAAGGUGCCGAGUCAUCUCCCGAGCCGUCCCGUGAGAGCUCCGAGACUCCUCAGCCGAAGAAACGCCGCAAGGGUCCUAUCCCGAAGCGCAAGGCCGAGGAGAUUGUCGAGGAGACCCCACAGCCGAAGCGCAAGAAGGGCAGACAGCCCAAGCCAAUCGAGACUCUCAGUAGCGCUGAUCGGGUUACUGUGCAGAAGAUUCUCAACAGUGUGUAUCAAAGCCUAAUGGAGAUGGAGCAAGAGUUACCCGCAGAUUCAUCGGACAGCGAAGACGGCCCGGUUACUCGCUCAAUCAUCGAGCCCUUCAUGAAGCCGCCCCCGAAGUCGCAGUAUCCUGACUAUUACAUGAUAAUUCAGAACCCCAUCGCCAUGGAGAUGAUCCGGAAGAAGAUCAACCGCGAAGAGUACCAGAAUCUGAAGGAGUUCCGGGAUGAUAUCCACCUUCUCUGCCAGAACGCUAGGACCUACAAUGAAGACGGAAGUAUCCUAUUCCAGGAUGCAAACGAUAUCGAGGCCACUUGUCUUGCUGAAUUAAAGAAGCAAACCGACCGCCACCCUGAGCUUGCUAACCUUGAUGACCCUGCAACCUCUGCUGCCGUAUCAGGAUCUGCUACACCUCUCCAAUCAGGGACACCCGGUCACCCAAAACUCAAACUGACCUUCAACCGAGAUAGCACGAGCAUGACUAAUGGCACCCCGAAUGUUGGUGCCAGCGAGGAUGAAUAAUGAGGGAGCAGCCUUGAUUUGGUGUCUUUUUUUUUUU